AAACCGUCGAAAUCCUCGGCACCCCGCACGGCCCGCGCACGCGCGUCGACCCGCCGACACGCCAGCUUUGCCGACCGCCCACGUUCCCCCCACAACCGACGCGCCACCCCGCGCGUUCAUGCCGCCGCCCAGCCUCGCCGCGCCGCGCGACCCGGCCGCCGCCGCCGCGCGCCGCCGCAGCAGCAAGGAGGAGCACGCCGCGGCCAAGGUCCACCCGGCGCCCGGCGAGAAGGGGGCGAUGGGCGCUACCGCGGGCGCGGGCGCGUGGAGGCGGCCCGAGUGGUGCUCGGCGGCGGGCGCGGCGGGGGUCCUGCGGCGGCACCCGCUCCCGGCGCUCUUCGCGUCCGGCCUCCUGCUCUUCAUGGCCGUCGAGUACACCAUCCCCAUGGUCAGCCCGGCCGCGCCGCCGCUCGACCUGGGCUUCGCCGCCACGCAGGGCAUGCACGACGCCGUCGCCGCGCGGCCCUGGCUCAACUCGCUCCUCGCCGCGCUCAACACGGUGUUCGUCGCGAUGCAGGCGGGGUACAUCCUGUGGGCCAUCCUCGCCGAGCAGCGGCCGCGCGCCGCCGUCGCGGCGCUCAUGAUGUUCACCUGCCGGGGCGUGCUCGGCUGCGCCACGCAGCUCCCGCUGCCGGAGGAGUUCCUGGGGUCCGGGAUGGACUUCCCCGUGGGCAACGUCUCCUUCUUCCUCUUCUUCUCGGGCCACGUCGCCGGCGCCGUCAUCGCGGCCGCCGACAUGCGCCGCGAGGGCCGGCUCGCGCUGGCGCGGCUCUACGACGCGCUCAACCUGCUCCAGGUGGUCAGGCUGCUCGCGUGCAGGGGGCACUACACCAUCGACCUGGCCGUCGGCGUCGGCGCCGGGGUCCUCUUUGACACGCUCGCCGGAUGGUACUUCGACGCCAAGAGCGGCGACGGCAAGAACGCGCCGGAGAAGCACUGCCGCAGCUGCCAGUGCCACAAGGCCCUCCUCUCGCACUAGCUUACUAACAUGGUUAUAUUUUGGUAGCUCGCCAAGUGCCAGCCAUCAACGGCCAAUUGAGGAUUAAAUUCAUGUCAAAUUUUUUUUUGAGUUUUUCUUUUCUUUUUGGAAGCGUUUGGAUGUAAUGUAAGAGAACUCGAAUGCUACUUACCGAUAUGUAACUGUACAAAUUGUUCCCCCAUGUGAGCCGUAACUUCUGUAAUGCAAGUAUCAGAGGUUUCAGGCAGAGGGCUAGACUGAAUCAGAACAAGAACUGAACUUUCAGGCUCUCAGCA